GGCCACUGGUGCGGAGCUGCUCAAACAAACCCAAAGGGACCCUAUGCAACUGAAGAAGACUGGGAGAUACAGAGCCUAGCUGGAGAGAAGACUCUUUGGGGUAGCAAUCAAGAGCCCAGAACAUGCUUUUCUCCUUCCACGCUGCUCUUUGAACAGGCCUCACCAUAGUAUCUGAGUACCUCCCAGCCCAAUAGACUGCUAUAGGGAGGUCCCUGCUUGACCCCAUGGAAUCCUCUGCUCUGCUCCCUGCUCAGAUAUCGGGCAGCACCACCCAGGAGUCUCCCAGGGCCCUAUUCCUCUCCUCGGGCUCCGUCAUGUCGUGCUUCACCCAGCUAUGGCACUCCAGCACACCGGACUCUCCCACCAGCCCGGUCCCUGCAUCUCCACAUGAAAUCCCCAUCCCCAUCAGCCCUAUCGUUAUCACCUCUCCCGUGGACAGCAAGAGGAAAGCGAGGUCCCCAACCGACAAACCAGGCUCUCCGAACCCAACAUCCCCAAAGCCAGCCUCCCCCGUUGAAUGCUCCAUCUGCUUCAACACAUACGACAACACCUUUAAGACCCCCAAGCUGCUCCAAUGCUCCCAUGUUUUCUGCCUGGAGUGCGUGGCCCGCCUGAGCAAAGGGCUGCCCCCCAACCACCCCGAGGACCAGCUCCCCUGCCCCUUCUGCAGGCAGCUGACUAGCAUCCCACAGGAAGGUGCCCCGGCCCUGGAAACCAGCAAGGAGCUGCUGGCCACUCUGCCCCCCGAGCUCCAGCAGGAGAAGGUGCUCUGGAUGGAAGGCACCAAGCUGUGCUGCCGGCAGGCUUCUGAUGACCCCGAGAACCCAGACUCGUGCAUCUCCAUCGACGUUGCCAUGAGCAAACCUGAGAGCCCAGAGGUCCCCCCGACGGGGCUGGUGGGGAGGCUGUCCCGCUGUGACAUGUGUGACGACUGGAAGCGCAUCGUCCUGCUCUCCGCUCUCAUCAUCAUCCUCUUCUGCAUCAUCCUGUGGCCGGUGCAGUGCGCGCUGAAGACGGGCAACCUCCGUUGCUUCACGAGGACUGUUGCAGUGAGCAGGCCAGAAUAUCUCCCCCCAAAACACACCACAGCAUCCACACCUGUGACACAGCUCCCGCUCCUGUAGCACGAGGCAUAACGUGGCACACCCCCUAAGAGCAUCCCUUGGUGUGCUUGCAGACCCCACGGUCCCCAACGCCCAUUCUGUGCCCAUACUUGGAUGGGGGCACUCACCUCCAGCAGCCCAGGAAUGCUCCCAGGAGCUGCCUCAGUUUCCUGCUGCCAAACUCCAUGGAAACCUGAGCCUUCAAAGCUGCUGCAAAGGUGUGAUGGGAGACAUCUAAGCUUCUAGGACUGUUACCCGAUACCAGGUGACAGUGGCUGUAGCUCCUUCCAGCUCCUUUGGGGAAUAAAGGGCUAUUCCUAACAGGAGCUGGGCUUGGGAGGGUAAGGACAUGUCGAAGCUGCAGAAGCAGAUGAAAAUUAACCUUAUUCCACAUGCUCGAAACGUUUUGGUUGCGGAUUCAGAGCAGAAGGUGAGAAAUGCUGCCUCCUGCUGACAACGCAUCGAUCCAUCCCUGCUCCUCACCUGAGCUGAGCACUGCUGAAUUACCAACAGCAAAUGAAAGCCAUCCUAUUGCCUUUAUGUUUUUCUCGCUAAGAAGGUGCUUAAAGAAAAGUCAUCACUCAUCCUUAGGCUGGAAAGGAGAGCAAAGAGCACAGGAGAGCACAGCAUCACACUGCCCUCCGUGAGCUCUCUUCCCACUGCUCCCAGGCCAACUGCUGCUGAAGUGGCAGGAGUUCCACCUUCUGACAGCUCUACCCUCCUCAUCCUCCAAGGUGUCAGUAUUAAGACACAGGCCAGUUGCUUACACUCUCUUUUUAUUUAACCCAGUGAUCUUCUGACAGUGGUUAACAACGGUCUUCAUGAAGAAGGCGGCUUACAAUUAAAUCUUGUUUAUUCAAGCACAUGGAUGUGAGACAGGAUUGUACACAAGUACCAUGUAUGUAUUAAAUUAUGUUUUAUACAA